GCCUGGAUUGGUUAUUGCAUGAGCAGGGGAAGGAGGCCAAGAGAAGCCCUCAGCUUGGAAUGGCAAAGGAAAUGCGGGUGAAGAGGGAACUGUCAUGUCCUCAGUGGAUCUGGUGGUGCAGCCUGUGGAGAAGCUGAGUACGGGACCUCAGCUGGAAUGGACUGGACUCCAAAGGCAAGACGGGUCCAUGGGGACACAGAAGAAGGCUUGAAUCUGCCUCCAUUCACCCUGGAACCGAGAUGGAGGAGACCCUGAGGCAGGGACAGGGAAAGAAACGCAGACACCAAGGCAGAGAGACCCGUGGACUCAGAGACCGGGAGACUGAGACAAAUAGACCUAGAAACAAGCGGCCCAACAGGGGCUCAAGGCGACCCGGCGAGGGGGAGCUGCCGUUGCCCCAGGAGUCAACCGUGGAGCUGAGCUGUGGAAGGGGGCCACUGCAAGUGAUCCUGGGCCCAGAGCAGGCCGCCGUACUGGACUGUAGUCUAGGGGCUGCUGCUGUUGGACCCCCUACCAGCGUCACGUGGAGCAAAGAUGGAGGUGCCCUGCUGGAGCAUGACCACCUGCGCCUGCUACCCAAUGGCUCCCUGUGGCUGUCCCAGCCGCUCGCAUCUGAUGGCAGUGACGAGGGAGCCCCUGGGGCCUCAGAUGUCAUUGAGGGCAGCUAUUCCUGCCUGGCUCAUGGCCCCCUUGGAGUGCUAGCCAGCCAGGCUGCAGUGGUCAAGCUCGCCACACUCUCAGGCUUCUCUCUGCACCCUGAGUCUCAGACAGUGGAGGAGAAUGGGACAGCUCGAUUUGAGUGCCACAUUGAAGGGCUGCCAGCACCCGUCAUUACUUGGGAGAAGGACCAGGUGACAGUGCCUGAGGAGCCUCGGCUCAUCACUCUUCCCAACGGGGUUCUCCAGAUCCUAGACGUUCAGGAGAGUGAUGCAGGCUCCUACCGCUGCGUGGCCUCCAACUCAGCCCAGCAGCGCUUCAGCCAGGAGGCCCUACUCAGUGUGGCCCUCAGAGGGUCCCUGGCGUCCACCAGGGGGCAGGAUGUGGUCAUUGUGGCAGCCCCAGAGAACACCACUGUGGUGUCUGGCCAGAGUGUCGUGAUGGAAUGUGUAGCCUCUGCUGACCCCACCCCUUUCGUGUCUUGGGUCCGACAGGACGGGAAGUCCAUCUCCACGGAUGUCAUCGUCCUGGGCCGAACCAACCUACUGAUCAGCAGCGCGCAGCCCCGGCACUCUGGUGUCUACGUCUGUCGUGCUAAUAAGCCCCGCACGCGCGACUUCGCCACUGCUGCCGCUGAGCUCCGCGUGUUGGCGGCCCCUGCCAUCUCGCAGGCGCCCGAGGCGCUGUCGCGGACGCGGGCCAGCACCGCUCGCUUCGUGUGCCGCGCGUCCGGGGAGCCGCGGCCCACGCUGCGCUGGCUGCACGACGGGGCGCCGCUGCGGCCCAACGGGCGCGUUAAGGUGCAGGGCGGCGGCAGCAGCCUGGUGAUCACGCAGAUCGGCCUGCAGGACGCCGGCUACUACCAGUGCGUGGCCGAGAACGGCGCGGGCACGGCGUGCGCCGCCGCGCCGCUGGCAGUAGUGGUGCGUGAGGGGCUGCCCAGCGCUCCCACGCGGGUCACGGCCACUCCACUGAGCAGCUCCACCGUGCUGGUGGCCUGGGAGCGGCCCGAGCUGCACAGCGAGCAGAUCAUUGGCUUCUCCCUUCACUACCAGAAGGCUCAGGGCAUGGACAAUGUGGAAUACCAGUUUGCAGUGAACAAUGACACCACAGAGCUACAGGUUCGGGACCUGGAACCCAACACCGAUUAUGAGUUCUACGUAGUGGCCUACUCCCAGCUGGGGGCCAGUCGCACCUCCACCCCAGCACUGGUCCACACACUGGAUGAUGUCCCCAGUGCAGCACCCCAGCUCUCCCUGUCCAGCCCCAACCCCUCGGACAUCCGGGUGGCGUGGCUGCCCCUGCCUCCCAGCCUGAGCAAUGGGCAGGUGGUGAAGUACAAGAUAGAGUACGGUUUGGGAAAGGAAGCAGAUCAGAUUUUCUCCACCGAGGUGCCAGGGAAUGACACGCAGCUUACGCUGAACUCACUUCUGCCCAACAAGGUGUAUCGAGUACGGAUUUCGGCCGGCACGGGGGCCGGCUACGGGGCACCUUCCCAGUGGAUGCAGCACAGAACACCCAGUAUGCACAACCAGAGCCAUGUCCCUUUUGCCCCUGCAGAGUUGAAGGUACGGGCAAGGAUGGAGUCCCUGGUCGUGUCGUGGCAGCCUCCCCCUCACCCUGCCCAGAUCUCUGGCUACAAGCUGUACUGGCGGGAGGUGGGGGCCGAGGAGGAGGCCAAUGGUGACAGCACCCCAGGGGUCCGUGGAGACCAGGCUUGGGAUGUGGGGCCUGUCCGCCUCAAGAAGAAAGUGAAGCAGUAUGAGCUGACUCAGUUAGUCCCUGGCCGGCUGUAUGAAGUGAAGCUUGUGGCAUUCAACAAACAUGAGGACGGCUAUGCAGCAGUGUGGAAGGGCAAGACGGAGAAGGCUCCCACACCAGACCUGCCCAUUCAGAGGGGACCACCCUUGCCCCCUGCCCAUGUCCAUGCGGAAUCAAACAGCUCCACAUCCAUCUGGCUUCGGUGGAAAAAACCGGACUUCACCACGGUCAAGAUUGUCAACUACACUGUGCGCUUCAGCCCCUGGGGGCUUAGGAAUGCCUCCCUGGUCACCUAUUACACCAGCUCGGGAGAAGACAUCCUCAUUGGUGGGCUGAAGCCAUUCACCAAAUACGAGUUUGCAGUACAAUCCCACGGUGUGGACAUGGAUGGGCCUUUCGGCUCUGUGGUGGAGCGCUCCACCCUGCCUGACCGGCCUUCGACGCCCCCAUCUGACCUGCGCCUGAGCUCCCUGACACCAUCCACUGUUCUGCUGCACUGGUGCCCCCCCACGGAGCCCAAUGGGGAGAUUGUGGAAUAUCUGAUCCUAUACAGCAACAACCACACCCAGCCUGAGCAUCAGUGGACCCUGCUCACCACGGAGGGAAACAUCUUCAGUGCAGAGGUACGUGGCCUUGAGAGUGACACUAGGUACUUCUUCAAGAUGGGGGCACGCACAGAGGUGGGACCUGGGCCCUUCUCUGGCCUGCAGGAUGUGAUCACUCUCCAGGAGAAGCUCUCAGACUCCUUGGAUGUGCACUCAGUCACAGGCAUCAUCGUGGGUGUUUGCCUGGGCCUCCUCUGCCUCCUGGCCUGCAUGUGUGCUGGCCUGCGCCGCAGCCCCCACAGGGAAGCACUCCCAGGCCUGUCCUCCACUGCCACUGCUGGGAACCCUGCGCUGUACUCCCGAGCCCGCCUUGGACCCCCCAGCCCUCCAGCUACCCAUGAACUGGAGUCCCUUGUGCACCCCCAUCCCCCGGACUGGUCCCCACCACCCUCAGACAUCGAGGACAGGGCUGAAGUACACAGCCUUAUGGGUGGUGGUGUUUCAGACUGCCGGAGUCAUUCCAAGAGAAAGAUUUCAUGGGCUCAGCCAGGUGGACCCAGCUGGGCAGGUUCCUGGGCAGGCUGUGAACUGCCCCAGGCAGGCCCCAUGCCUUCUCUGACCCGUGCCCUGCUGCCCCCUGCUGGAACUGGGCAGACGCUGUUGCUGCAGGCUUUGGUGUAUGAUGCCAUCAAGGGCAAUGGGAGGAAGAAGCCACCCCCAGCCUGCAGGAACCAGGUGGAAGCUGAAGUCAUUGUCCACUCUGACUUUAGUGCCUCCACCGGGAAUCCUGACCUCCACCUCCAAGACCUGGAACCUGAGGAUCCCCUGCCUUUGGAAGCUCCUGACCUCACUUCCGGUGUUGUAGACCUAGAGCAAGGGGUGGACUGGCUGGAGAGGGAGCUGGGAAGGUGUGAGCAGGCAGCCACUGGGCCAGACAGACUUACCUGCCUACCAGAGGCACCUUCUUGCCCCUACCCGGACCUCCAGCCUAGCGAGGUGCUGGAGGAGGCCCCUGGGAACAGCUGCCAGCCAAAGGCCCCCUGCCCUCUAGGAGCCAGCCCAGGCUUGUCCAGAGCCCCAGUCUCCUCCUCUGCUUAGCUCCCCUGGAGGGGCAGUGGGGGCAGGCUGAUAUGGAUUAUGGCAUAUGACACGUGGCCAUGCAUGUACACAUGUGUACCUGCAGAUACUGAAUAUCAUCAAGCCUUUUGGAGCCUCCUAGGGUGCUUUGGCAAGGGGGAGAGGAAGAAAUGGAUUAUUCACUCCCACAUACUCUGUGACAGGUGAUAUGUGAGAGAUAUGUGAAGCAUGUCUAUGUGUGAUGUACAUAUAUGGGAAGCACAUAAUGUGUGUGCUGGUUGGUGAGCUGGGAAACCUUGGUCCAGGCAGUGGUCACUAUGGCCUAAUUGAUCCUCCAGGUCAGGACAGUGCCCCAGAGUGGCCAGUGCCCAUCUCUGUGGGCCCCCCACCUCUGUCCCCCAGCCUUUUAUUACACACUCUGCGAGUGUCUCCAGUGCCCUGUCUGACAAAGACAGCCCCAGCCCAUUUUCCUGGCUGGCUGGGCUGAGUGCAAGUAGGCUCUGAAUGCCUACCGUUUUAUUAGUUGAAUCGCCUCCCAUCACCCAUGUCCCAUUGCCCAAACUGAGAGGGUGACUCUGGCUCCCCUCAGAGCAACUCUGCGUUUAAUUUUGUAAUUUGGGAAGUGCCUGGUUUUGAACAUCUGCUUUCUCUUUCUCUCCCCUCCUUCCUUCCCUGUCACUGCUCUAGUGGCCCCUCUCCAGUCAACUUGCUCUCCCAAUUCUAAUGCCCUUCUCUUCUGCCCUGAUCAUCUUUCCUUUCCUCUCUGCUGUUUCUGUGUCUCCUCUGCAUGUCUGCCUUUCCUGUCUCUCACACCUCUCCCCACACUGUGUCAUGUGGUUCUCCCACCUUCCUUCCCUAACAACAUGACUACCUCAUGUCUGCUUUGAGGCCGUAGUGUGACUCCUGUGUCUGCCAGUCACUUCACCGGUUACCUUCCUGCCCCCUCUUCUCUCUAUGCCUCCAUAUGGCCCCUCCCAGGGCAGACUGCCCACCCCCCAGUGCAGGUUUAGAGAAGACCUUCCAGCUUCCCUUGUAUCUUUCUCCCUGGGAUUGAGAUGGGAGGACUCUCCUUGGAGGUGAUGAAUCCAAGUCACACAAGGGGACUUUUGAGAUGGGGAAAGGGGAGCAUGACCCAGAGAGGCUCAGAAUAAAAUUCAUCUCUCCCUUCUAUGCAGGGAGGCAGGUGGGCUGGAUGGAGGGGUUUGGAACCUUCCUUCCUAGCUGAAGCUAAAGGGAGGAAGGGGAGUGGGAAUUAGGGGCACCGCAGCCCCACAGCUUCCCAUUCUGUGAGCCUUGAAUAUGAGCUGAUCUGGGCGGGGAGGGGAGAGGAAUCUCAUUCUCUGGGGUCUAGAAUGGACAUCUUUGCACAAGACAAGGGCGAUUGGUCCAUUUCAUUUGUUUUUUUCUUUACAUUCAACCCCGAAAUCAUUUUCUGUUGAGCCACCAUACCAGGGACAAGCUUGACUUCUGUUUCCUGUGUAGAGAAAACAAUGGUGUUUAUUCUCAUAGGAGCAUAGAAUCUGGGGGUCUUUUCUCCUUACAUGCAUCUUUUUAACUGAUUGGCACAUCAAGGGUUAACUCUGGCUUCUGGGCCAAAUUAGAAAUAACCAGUCUAUCUUUCCUCUUUUUUUUUAAUGGUGAAAUGUCUCUCAGCGGAGUUGCAGCUUCCUCAGACCCUUUCAGCAUCUGUGUUUAUUACACUCGGGUGUCACUCACGUUUGACAUCCACACCUACAUUUCCUCCCCCUCCCCCUCCUUCAACCAGCCUAUGAUAACACUAAAGAUUAUUAAUGUUGGUUUUGUAUCACGUUAAGGACAGAAUUGUCACUUGUACUAUUUCUGUAGCAUUCAGUGUUACUGUGGCUAACACCACUGUAUAUGUUUUAUCAUUGCUCUGAAGGUCAAGAGCCUCGUUUUAUUUUGCUGGUUUGAUUUUUUUUCUAAAGGAAAAAAAAAAACUGCCCUGAAUUAAAUGGCUGUUUUAACAGUAGGCUGUUAGCAUUACACCACAUAGUCAUUUUUCAUGUUCUUGUUUAACAGGCACUGAGGUUCUGGUUUAAAUUAAAUAGCUGCAAAUGAGACAAUUUAUAACCCAUUAGGUUGGGUGGAAAAUUGUUUCUCAAAAGCAAAUAAGUAAUAAAUCUGGUAUCUGCCUAUAACUCACAGUUGAUAAGAAAGUGGCCAUUACUCACUAGUAUUAUAUAUGAUUUGGGCUCUGGGUAAUUUGGAAGUGUUAGGUUUGUGUCUUUGUAGCAGUAUUUUUAUUAGAAAAGAGUCUAUUGGCCUUUUACAGGGUAUUAAUCCCUUUUGUCACCUACCAUCGACGCCUUACGUUUUUUGAGUCUCAUUUUAAAAACCUCCUUUUUUGGAUGCAUGACAAGUGUAAUCAGUACCUGCUCAUUUAUUUGUCUGUAUUUAGUGUAUGCCAUAUUAUUUAAUUAUUUUUCCAGCAUUUUUUUCUCCUUACAAAUAUGACAUUUUUUAGUGUUAAGCCAAGGCAUUGAUCAUGUAUCUGUCCUUAUAAUGAAUUAAUAAACUAUUUUC